CAUCAAAAGGUGUCACUAUGUGUUUAUCAUGCGACUUGAAAAUGUUUUACAUCGGCUAAAUUAAAUUAAUUUUUUUGUUGAUUAAGUGACUAAAUAAUUAGGAAAUUUUGCUCGUUUUGGGUCUGUGAAUACCCAGGGCACCCAGUGACAACAAUUGCGUUUAAUUAAACUCCUAUUAAAUUGUCAAAACUACGGUUAAGUUAAAAAAGUGUCCAUAAAUAGGAAAAUAAAAUUGUUUCAAGUUUGUCAACAAAUGUAAUUAGAGUUGAUCUUCAAUUAGGUGUCAAUAUGUUUAUGUUUUGUGUAAAAGUAUUCUUUGCAUACAUAAUUGGCUCAUCGAUUGCAUGGAUUUACAGAAAAUAUCAGCUGUUUCAAACAUUUACCAGGAAAGGGAUUAAAGGUCCUAAGCCUAAUCUAUUGGUUGGUAAUUAUUGGGAUUUGCGUCAACCACCCGACAAUAAGUUACCUCAUGAAGUGAUGAACGAUUGGAUUGACCAAUAUGGCAAUAUUCUUGGCUAUUAUUCACCAAAUAGAUGUCACUUGGUCAUUAAUGAUGUUCAUAUAUUGAAAAAAAUAUCCGUCCACAAAGCUUUCCAGGAUCGAGAACCAUUGGUAUUGGAUGUUGAUCCAUUACGACAUUCAUUGUUUGCUAUCGGCGGAGAAUCUUGGCGCCGAUCUCGUAAAACAAUUUCACCCCUUUUAAGUCGAUUUAAGGUCAAUUCCCCACCAAUAUCAGAUGUAGUCGAUGACUGUGUCAAUAAUUACAUCUCCCAUCUUAGACCAGAAGAAGUGCCUACAGAUGAACCUUUUACCAUCAACAUUGUUGAAAAUGUUCAUCGAUUUACUUUUGACGUAAUAUGUCGCACAUCAUUGGGAAUGAAGACUGACUGUUACUCCGAAAAUGAUCAACUUGUUCAAGCUGUUGUUGACUUUUUUGAAAAUGCAUUCAAUAAUGCAGUCUUGUUGGGUGAAAUGUUUCCCUUUUUCGCCUCCAUCUUAACCUUCAUCAACAAUUAUCUAACUGCUGGUAAAAUGACAGACACAAUUGUUGGCCAUCUUAAACAUCAAGUUAAACAAUUUCUCGAUUCCAAAGGAAAAGAUAAUCAGCAAAAUGAGAAAGUCGUCUUCUUGAAAGCCAUGUUAACCUUUUUAGCAGAAGAAAAAUUGACUCAACAAGAAUUUACUGGAAACAUUUACUUGAUUGUUCUGGCUGGUUUCGAGGCAACAGCAAAUGCUCUGAUAUUUUGUCUUUAUUUAAUUGCUAAACAUCAACACAUUCAGGAUAAAAUUAGAUCUGAUUUACACCUUGAACCAUCAAAUGAACGAUCAUACAUUGAUAUGGUUUGGCUUGAAUCGUUGCGCUAUUAUCCGCCUCCAAUUUCAGUGGUUAACCGACAAGCUUCCCAAACUGUAAACAUUGAAGGAUUAACCAUUGAAAAAGGUUGGGUUGUUGAAGCACCAGUUUGGCAGAUUCAUCAUUCAGAUGUUUAUUGGACUGAUCCAUGGUUAUUUGAUCCUGAAAGAUUCUCUCCAGAUAAUAGUAAAAGCAUUGAACCAGCUGCAUUUUUGCCGUAUGGAUUUGGUGGUCGAACCUGUCUUGGAAUGAAUUUGGCCAAUCUUGAGGCUCGAAAAUUUUUAACCACAAUUCUGUCCAAAUAUCGAAUUACUUUUUCCGAGAAAACAAUGGAUCCAAUCAAAUUCAAAGUGCCAACCUCAAUUUUAAACCCAGAUGGACCAGUUUACCUUAAAUUUGAACCUCUCUAAUCAAUUGCCAUUCAUUGACUUUUAGACAGAAAUUUAUUCAAUCUCUCAUCGAAUAACCAUCAUGGAAAUUCAGAUAAAGUUCAAUACUUUGAUUCAAAUUUCAA